UUUCUGAAGAUAUAGUAAAUUUUUGUCUGCUUUACACAGUCCACUUACUUAAAAAAAGCAGCUAUCACAUGUUGUCGUUAUUUCCAAUUAAUCACCAUUUCUUUCAAGUUCAAUUUCCAAAGUAAUUGUGUUCCCCUGAAAAUUGUAUUGAACUUUCAUCUUUCAAUUCUAUCAAUCAAAAAGUAGAAAGAAAGGGUGCUUUGUUGUCUACAGUAACUGCACUAUUUUCUUUGCUGCCAUGAAAAUCCGUCCAAAGAAACCCCAUUUUUUCAAACCCGUUCUACCAGGUUUCAAGCAUGGUCUUAAAAUUCCUAUAGGUUUCUUGAAGUAUCUGAAGGGAUAUGAGAAUAUUAAACGUGCUGUAUUGAAAAGGGCUGGUAAGAAGUGGCUGGUGAAAGUGAAAGGCCGACAACUAAAAAGGGGCUGGAAAAAGUUUGCAAAGGAGCAUGAUUUGCAGAUAGGAGAUUUGUUGAUUUUCAGACAUGAAGGAGAAAUGGAAUUUGAUGUUUCCAUCUUUAAUAAAAGUCAAUGUGACAGAGAAUAUGCAGAGUAUUUGCAAGAAGAAGAAAAAGAAGCCCAUACGGUUGAAGUCACUUCCAAGGAAUUCAAAGAAGUUGCUACUCACAACCCUAUUGGUCAAUCUCACUUUGUUUGCACUGUUAAACAGUAUUACCUUACACAUGGUUACUUGCGCAUUCCUAAUAAAUUUGCGAAGGCAAAUGGUCUCAUCAACAAGAAAUGUGGUUUGAUUAUUAGAGAUGAAAGACAAAGAUCAUGGAAUUUAAAGCUAUAUACCUCUUGUUCUCAAGUCCAUAUUGGAGGAAGAUGGGGUGCAUUCCGUGUUGCAAAUGACAUAAAGGAGGGAGAUCAAAUAAUGUUUGAGGUGGUUACUAAUGGAGAACAACCAAUCUGGAAAUUUCAUGGAGAAGAAGCCCAUACUGUUGAAGGUAACAUCUUUAGAGUCCAUGAGUUUAUACUUGAUGAAUUUGCAGAAGCUGCUACUCACAACCCUGUUGGUCAAUCUCAGUUUGUAUGCACUGUUAAACAGCAAUUCCUAACAAAUGGUUACUUGCGCAUUCCUAGUGAAUUUGCAAGGGCAAACGGUCUCAUCAACAAGAAAUGUGAUUUGAUUAUUAGAGAUGAAAAACGAAGGUCGUGGAAUUUUAAGCUAUAUACCUCUCGUUCUCAAGUCUAUAUUGGAGGAAGAUGGGGUAAAUUCUAUGCUGCAAAUGGCAUAAAGGUGGGAGAUCAAAUAAUGUUUGAGGUUGUUACUAAUGGAGAACAACCAAUCUGGAAAUUUCAUGAGUGUGCAGAGUAUUUGCAAGAAGAAGAAGAAGAAGAAGCCGAUACUGUUGAAGAGACUCCCAAGAAUUUUGAAUUCAAAGGAGCUGCUACUCACCACCCUAUCGGUCAAUCUCAGUUUGUUUGCACUGUUAAACAGUAUUACCUUACAAAUGGUUACUUGCGCAUUCCUAAUAAAUUUGCGAAGGCAAAUGGUCUCACCAACAAAGAAUGUGGUUUGAUUAUUAGAGAUGAAAGACAAAGGUCAUGGAAUUUAAGGAUAUAUACCUCUUGUUCUAAUGUCUACAUUGGAGGAAGAUGGAGUCAAUUCCAUGCUGCAAAUGACAUAAAGGUGGGAGAUCAAAUAACGUUUGAGGUUGUUACUAACGGUGAACAACCAAUCUGGAAAUUUCAUGACAAACCAAACCCCAUCAUCAUGUCAUCAAGCAAGGCAUUUCCCCCUGUAGAAGCUGCUACUCACAAGCCUUUUGGUCAUUCUCGUCUCAUAUGCACUAUUAGGCCAUAUUGCCUGACGUAUGGUUACUUGUUCCUGCCAAAACAGUUUGCACUCGCAAACGGUCUCAUCAGCAAGAAAUGCGAUUUGAUUAUUAGAGAUGAAUGGAAAAGGUCAUGGAAUUUAAUUUUACGUCCUUUUGGUACAAGUGUGUGUAUUAGCGGUGGAUGGAAUAAAUUCCGUGAUACAUAUUGCUUAAAGGAGGGAGAUUGCAUAAUGUUUGAGGUGGUUACGGAUGGACAGAAACCAAUAUGGAAAUUUCAUGGCAAAAUCUCUGGGGAGGAUGUAAGCAUCAUUGGACAAUGAAGCAGUUGGUGACAGAAAAGAGAAGGAACACUGAAGCAAUUGAACAAAGCAUGUUAUGUUUUCUUCCAACCCUGAGUACAGUGGAUGUACAUGAAAUAGU